AUGCAAUAAAUAGAUUAGAGGUUAAGCUAGGCAUAUCCCCCAAACUCUUAAAAUAACACUCGUUACAUAGCUGAGAUACACAGUGUAUUAGCAAAUGUUAAAAUAGAUGACAUAGGAUUUAAAGAUAUUAAAUUUAGAAAAGUUUAAACAAAGAGAGAUCUAGAAUAACUUAAAUUGCUUUAGCAAGAGUGGUUCCCAAUUACUUACGGUGAGCAAUUUUAUAAUUCUGUUUUGAAUGGCCGUGUUUCUUCACUCAUAGCAGAGAUUGAGAUAAAAUAUCCUACAGGUCGAAAGGAGAAAUACGUGAUUGGGGCUAUGGUGUAUUAAUAACGAUAGUGUAAAACUAAAUAUCUAUAGAAUCUAACCUGGAAAUAAUGGUUUUGUUUAUUCUUUUAAACACAAAAUGCUUUAUAUAUUAUGACUAUAGGAGUUAUUAAUGAAUUCAGAGGAAGGGGUAUUGCAGAAUACAUGGUUGAACAAUUAAAAAAAACCGUCUUAUAGUCCAAUAAAACAAUUGCUUAUAUAUAUCUUGACAUGGUUGAUUAUAAUGAAAUCGCAUCCAGAUUUUAUCAAAAACAGGGUUUCAAUAAAAUGAGAAUAAAGAAAAAUCAUUAUAUGAUAGAAAAUCAAACAUUCGAUGGUUAUGUUUAUGUGUGGUAACCUAUUUGA